AUGCAAGGAGGAUACUAUCAAAGCUAUCAGAAUGGCUUUCUCGGUUCUCCUGCCUCUGUAAUUGCAGCGGGUGGUGGUCUUGGAAUUGGAUAUACACCUACCACCAAUGUUGUCGGUGGGCCAGGAAUCAAUGGUGGAUCACUCUCACCGAAUAUCGGUUUUCACCAUCAUCAUCAUCACCAACAUCAAGCUUCACAUCAGAGAUCAAAUUCAUCACCAAACAAUCUGUCGCCAGCAGCGUUCAAUGCAUCCAACCCGACUACCGGAUGCCGUAAAUUCACACCAAACCAAGCACUCUACAUGAUUGACGUUUUUAACUCUGUAAAAGACAAGACUGGUGGUGUACCAACUCAAAAGCUUGCACUAUUUGGUGCAGAUCGAUCAAAAUUACCUUCUACUACUUUACCUUUUCACGAAUUUGUACAAUAUAUCGGUUUAAAUUUUAUACCUUUCGAAAAUCUUUAUAAAUUACAACAAUCACCAACAAUAGAACCACAAACAACAUUUGUUCAAGAUGUAGACGAUUUUGAACAUGCCGAUUUAUUUUUUGAUAGCAAACCACCCAAUAACUAUAAUUUCAAUCAACAACAAGCACAACAGCAACAACAACAGAACAAUCAGAAUAACUUUAAUUUCCAAAACUAUAAUAAUAACCAAAAUAACUUUAAUAAUCAAAAUAUAAAUCAGAAUUUUAAUAAUAACAAUCAAGCACAACAGAAUAACCAAAAUAACUUUAACAACCAAAAUUUUGCUAAUAAUAAUAAUAAUAAUAAUAAUAAUAAUAAUAAUAAUAAUAAUAAUAAUAAUAACAACCCAAGUAACUUUAAUGCUGCCAACCAAAAUUUCAACAACAACCAAAACAAUUUUAAUAAUAAUUUCAACAACUAUAAUUUUAACUACCAGCAACAAUCACCUCAAAACAAUAAUUUCGCCAACCAAAACAAUUUUAACAACCAAAAUCAAAACAAUAAUAAUUUUAAUAACUAUAAUAAUCAAAAUAUUUUAAUACCAGUAAAUAACAACAAUAAUAAUAACAAUAACAAUGGUGGUAAUAUACUUAAAACAAGUGGAAAUAACAUAAUUUUAAAUCCAAACAUUCAACAACAACAACAACAAUCAGCAUUUUCAGAUAUUGAAAUACAGUUUUCGGAAUUAGUUAUACAGAAUAAACUUGGAGAGGGUACCUUUGGUGUUGUAUAUAAAGGAACUUGGAGAGGUAGUACGGUGGCGAUCAAGCAAAUCAAGAUAAAUGAAGACGUUACAAAUCAAGUUUUGGACGAAUUCAGAAAAGAAUUGACAAUUUUAAGUAAAUUGAGACAUCCAAAUAUCGUACUGUUGAUGGCUGCCUGUACGCACCCACCCAAUCUUUGUUUUGUCACCGAGUUUCUCAAUGGUGGUUCACUUUACGAUAUCCUUCAUUCCAAAAAGAUUAGAAUGAACAUGCCACUCUACAAGAAACUUGCAAUCCAAAUCGCCCAGGGAAUGAAUUAUCUGCAUCUCUCCAAUGUCAUUCACAGAGACAUCAAGUCACUCAAUCUGCUGCUCGAUGACAAUAUGAAUGUUAAGAUUUGUGAUUUCGGUCUGUCUCGAUUGAAAACAAAGUCGACGGCAAUGACAAAAUCUAUUGGAUCACCUAUUUGGAUGGCACCUGAACUGUUGAUUGGCGAGGACUACACAGAGAAAGUUGAUGUCUAUGCAUUUGGUAUCAUACUCUGGGAGUUGGGCACCGGCGAGUUGCCAUACUCUGGUUUGGACUCUGUACAAUUGGCGUUGGCAGUCUCUACCAAAGGUUUGAGACCAACCAUCCCAACGUCUUGGCCACCGCAAUUACAUCAACUCAUUCAAUCAUGUUGGAAUCACGAACCAUCACUCAGACCAUCAUUUACCCAAAUAUUACAACAACUUGAGAAGAUGCCUGUUUAG